AUUCGCAACUCGCACAUCCAUGAAGUGGGAAGCCAACUCGUCCGCCCUCGCUCAACAGAGCCGGCUGUUCCUGUUCUCAUCCAGCACCGAGACCGACGUUGCCCUGUGCAGCCUCCGCGGGCUCGACGAUGUCCCAGACCCUGCAUUGGCUCUCGCCUCGCAGGUCUCUCCAAGCCCCGGCGACGAUCUGUCGCCGCCCAAUGCCGUCUCGUAUGCGUCGCUGAAUGCCGUCUUGCUGUCGUCGGCUGCCACCGCCGGCUGGUCGUCGACACCCCCCGCCGAGAUCUACCCGUCGGCCAUCGAGUGCCAUCUCUCUGUGACCUCCGACCAAAGCCUUCUGGUCCGCCAGACCUGCGAGUUUGUCAACCCCAACCCAGGUGAGUCCAUGGUCGUCAAGCUCAAGGUUGCCAAAACCAUGGUCUCACAGCAGGGCUCGCUGGACCUGGUCUCCACGGUCUUCCACGAGUGGGUCGACGACAAGUGGGUCGACAUCUCCACCACCAUCUCGUAUAGCCAGACUGCCGAGGCCGUCGUCACCGCCGUUCUCAGCGACCCCAAUGCCGGCCAGACCGCCGGCCGUGCCAGUCUCUCGGACGAAGCCGUCGAGGUCGAGAUCGGCCCCAUCGCCUCCCGCGGCCGCGUCAUCCUCGGCUACAUGUGUCGCACGCUUCACUCGUACGAUGCCAUGAGCACCGAUCCCGCCGCCAGCGACAUUGGCUCGACCAAGCUGCUGCCGCUGAUGGUCUUUCUGCCGUGGGCGCAGUUCAGCCAUCGGUCUGGCGAGACGACUCUCUCGGUGUCGAUGAAUGCUCCGGGCCACAUGGCCCUGCUUUCGCCAGAGUCGUCGCCGCUGCCCUUCCGCCAUCUCCUGAACGAAAGCGAGCUCCGCUCCUCCAGCGUCAUUGCCGUCACCGAAACCAGCAUCCGUCGCGAUUCCGCCGCCAUCGGCUUCUCCAAGACAUGGCAGACGCUCCCGCCAAAGCCCUGCUCGCUGAUGUUCUGGCUUCAAAUCACCAACCCCGAUCUCGACGACUUUGUCGUCGUCCCGAACGAGCUGCCGCCUGCUCCCGUGGCCUCGGCCACAAUCUGGGUCCCGGAGCCAAGCGACGCCGGCCAGCUGACAGUGUCCAUGCCUGGACUGGGCACCCAUGACUCGCUGCUCCGUCUCAAGCUGAAGGCGCCGGGCGCAACCAGCUUUGCCGACAACUCGACCCGGCUCAUUCUCAACAUGGUCUUCUCGGACUCUUCCGGCAGCACCGGUGCCCGUGCGGUUUCCACCCCAGGCUCCUUCGAGACCGUGCGCGAAAGCUUCAACAAGAUCGCCGAGGCCCGUCUGAUCAAGCGACUCGAGGCCAUUCCGCUGCUGGUGUCGAGCGGCCUGCUUCGCCGCCACGACAUCUGGACGGACGCCUUCUUUGCCUUUGACCACAGCGUCAUCAAGCACACCACCCUGACCUUUGUUGUGGGUGAGUACCUGGAUGCCGCGAUCGAUCUGGCCACUCUCGAGACUGCCAAAACGGGUUCUGGGAGCGAUUCGGUCGCCUCGCGGAUUCGCCGUAUCCUCCAGGACAUUCGCGGCCUCAAGCCCUCUGGCGGAACCAGCUUCGAUGUGCCCCUCAACGAUGCCGUCACAAAGUUCCACUCCGUGUACACUGCCGAGGCCAACAGGCUCAAGACCAAGCUCGGCGAUCUCGUCACCACGACCUUUGUCGACUUUGACACCGACGGCGGCCACAAUGGCUCCAAAGAGUACUGCUAUCGCGCCGUGCGCUCGCUCGUCGACACCUGCAAUGUCCGCAACGGCGUGGUGACGGGAUUUGGCGCCUGGGUCGACCAGGAGUGUGCCUCCAAGGUGGCUUCGCUGCUGGGCACUGUCCCUGCCCUGCUUUCGAUGAAGGCUCUCGCGCCCGGCGACGAGGGUCUCAGCAAAGUCUUCCGGCGCGGCUUCUCUGCGUGGAUCCAGGCUGUUCGCCAUUGUCCUAGCAAAGUCGCGGUCGAUGCACAGGCGGUUGUCGUCAACCACCCUCGCCUGGGAACCCAGUCUCUCGACGGCCUCCAAGUUCUGGCCCUCGAGCGCAUCAAAACCGUUGGAAAGUGCGGUUUUGACGUGCCGGACGUCUCCGAGGUCGAUUUUGCCGGCACGGUGCUCAGCGACAUCUCGGCCGGCGACGAAAUGGUGCUGUACGUGAUCUCCAAGCUGCCGGCCGAAGAGCUCAAGACCCGACUGCGAUUCAAGGUCAACGGGACCCUCACCACCGUUGCCGUCGAGCUCGCGCAUGAGCCGAUGAUGGGGCAGGCGCUCGCCUACGAGUGGCUCAAGACUGUCACCAAGACGGCCGCCGAUCAGGCCAUCAACACAUCGGUGGCCUCGCCGCAUCUGCUCUCGCGCAUCGAGGACGAUCUAUCCUUUGGAUUCAAUGUUCCGUCGCCUUCGGGAGCAACGGCCUAUCUCGGUAGGGCCAAAACCACUCUCAACAGACCGGCAAUCGAUCGAGCCCAUCGUCCCGCUGAGCCAAAGCUUCCCCGCUGGGCUGUACCUCGGCCCGAGGCACAUUUUGGACUCGGCUCUACGCUUUACUCAGCGAACUCGGCACCAUAUAAGCGCGGGCUGGGGCAAAUACCUUUAGGCUCGUCUGCAUUUUCCUUUGGUGGACCAGUCAUGGCUGCAGCGCCUCGCGCGGCAUUUGGAUCUGGUUCCAGAGGAGGCGCCAGAAGUCGUAGUAGUGCCCCAGGAUCGGCAAGGCUCACCUCGCCUGCGGUGGCUUCUAGCCCAAUGAGCUUUGGAAGCCCCGCAGCAGCAGCCACCUUCGGACUCGCCAUCCCGACCUCCAGCGCAGUAUCAUCCCCCUUUGAUCUGGACAAAGCAGAAGAAUCGACAUCGCCCAAGUUUAGCCACUGGAGCGUGCUCGUCAGUAAUACCAAGGCCAACCUGGUUCACUCACCUGUCGAAAUCGAGGCCUCGCUGCUCUCGCUCCGCUCCAGCGCUCUCAAGAUCAACGCCGGUUCUCUCGAAUAUCACUGCGAUGUAUGCGAGCAAAGCAUCGGAGCCGGUCGGACGCGGUGGCACUGCCUCGACUGUCUCGACUUUGACGAGUGCGACCAAUGUCACUCCUCCAGACCUCACAGUGCAUCCAAGCCGCUGCAUCGAAUCCGAGCCAUUUCCGUCGGCACAGCUGCACAGCCGGCUGCCCCCGAGGAUCCGCUUGUUGCGAGUCUGCUUGGUGCCGCGACCACUGAGCCCGACACCAAGACCAACUGGGCCGGCGUUCGCGACAUGUCCCAUGUGGCCGCGAUCGGUCAGGUCAAGCGCUUCCUCAUGGUGAUGUUGCUGUGGUGGAACCUGCUCCGAUUGGAUCUCGACAGCAGAGCGUCGGGUAAGACCAGCUUCCCUGAAGAGCUGCCCGCCGACUUGGUCAGUUCGAUCCGCGAAGCGCUUGCCGAGGACUCGGGCAAGAAGCGUGGCGAGGUUUCCCUUGUCUGCGUUGACAGCAUCGAGCGCCAGCUGAAGGGCGACUCUCGCUAAGUCUGGCAGUAAGACCGCCGCCGGGUUCUGAGUGGGUUGGGUUCGUUUUGAGUGUGGCAGUUUUGGGACCCAUCCGCUCUUCCCUUUACUCAGCUGGGGAGCGGGGGACAGUCCCUCGUUCACAACCGAAUGCAUCGAGUCUUUGAAAGUCCUGUGUCUGACCGGCCAUGGCAAAUACAGUGUGUUGAAUAAACAGUGGGACCCAUCGCCUCAUUCAAACACA